AUGAAACGCAUAAACAAUUUGUUGUUAGUAGGCAUUAUACUAAUUCAGAUUUCAAUCUUUUCUGUCUAUUUGUUAAACAAGAGUCCUUCGGAGAUAUUUGUAACCAAAUUGAACAACCUGCUUACCAAUCCUAAAGAAAAAAUUUUAGAAGAGCAUUAUUGUCAAGAUCCCAGACUAUAUUGCAAUAAAAAUAAUGAGAUCAAUGGUAUUAAAUUAAAUAAUACUCGGCUACUUGCUUUUCCUGUAUGCGUUGAGAUAAUUAAAGAUACAUUAGCUAGAUUGACAUUGAUAUCCGAAAGUCUGAAAGAUAAUAUUCCAGAUACAAUCUACAAGCUGACUGAAUUGAUAUAUCUGGAUUUAUCAGGGAACAAUUUUAGUGGUAGUUUGAGUAAUGAAAUUUGGAAAUUGAAUAAGUUAUCAUAUCUUGAUCUAAGUAACUCAAGUCUAUCUGGCUCUAUACCAGAUAAUUUAUAUUCAUUAGUCGGAUUAGAACGUCUAGAUCUUCAUGGAAAUAACUUUAGUGAUAGUUUGAGUAAUGAAAUUUGGAAAUUGAAUAAGUUAUCAUAUCUUGAUCUAAGUAACUCAAGUCUAUCUGGCUCUAUACCAGAUAACUUAUACUUUUUAACCAAAUUAGAACAUCUAGAUCUUCAUGGAAAUAACUUUAGUGGUAGUUUGAGUAAUGAAAUUUUAAAAUUGAAUAAAUUAUCAUAUCUUGAUCUAAGUAACUCAAGUCUAUCUGGCUCUAUACCAGAUAAUUUAUAUUCAUUAGUCGGAUUAGAACGUCUAGAUCUUCAUGGAAAUAACUUUAGUGAUAGUUUGAGUAAUGAAAUUUGGAAAUUGAAUAAAUUAUCAUAUCUUGAUCUAAGUAACUCAAGUCUAUCUGGCUCUAUACCAGAUAAUUUAUAUUCAUUAGUCGGAUUAAAAUACCUAGAUCUUCAUGGAAAUAACUUUAGUGGUAGUUUGAGUAAUGAAAUUUUAAAAUUGAAUAAAUUAUCAUAUCUUGAUCUAAGUAACUCAAGUCUAUCUGGCUCUAUACCAGAUAAUUUAUAUUCAUUAGUCGGAUUAGAACGUCUAGAUCUUCAUGGAAAUAACUUUAGUGAUAGUUUGAGUAAUGAAAUUUGGAAAUUGAAUAAAUUAUCAUAUCUUGAUCUAAGUAACUCAAGUCUAUCUGGCUCUAUACCAGAUAAUUUAUAUUCAUUAGUCGGAUUAAAAUACCUAGAUCUUCAUGGAAAUAACUUUAGUGGUAGUUUGAGUAAUGAAAUUUUAAAAUUGAAUAAAUUAUCAUAUCUUGAUCUAAGUAACUCAAGUCUAUCUGGUAUCUUACCAUAUACUUUAUAUUCAUUGACCGGAUUAAAAUACCUAAACCUUCAUGGAAAUAACUUUAGUGGUAGUUUGAGUAAUGAAAUUUGGAAAUUGAAUAAAUUGUCAUAUCUUGAUCUAAGUAACUCAAGUCUAUCUGGUAUCUUACCGUAUACUUUAUAUUUAUUAACCGGAUUAAAAUACCUAGAUCUUCAUGGAAAUAACUUUAGUGGUAGUUUGAGUAAUGAAAUUUGGAAAUUGAAUAAGUUAUCAUAUCUUGAUCUAAGUAACUCAAGUCUAUCUGGCUCUAUACCAGAUAACUUAUACUUUUUAACCAAAUUAGAACAUCUAGAUCUUCAUGGAAAUAACUUUAGUGGUAGUUUGAGUAAUGAAAUUUGGAAAUUGAAUAAGUUAUCAUAUCUUGAUCUAAGUAACUCAAGUCUAUCUGGCUCUAUACCAGAUAAUUUAUAUUCAUUAGUCGGAUUAGAACAUCUAGAUCUUCAUGGAAAUAACUUUAAUGGUAGUUUGAGUAAUGAAAUUUGGAAAUUGAAUAAGUUAUCAUAUCUUGAUCUAAGUAACUCAAGUCUAUCUGGCUCUAUACCAGAUAAUUUAUAUUCAUUAGUCGGAUUAGAACAUCUAGAUCUUCAUGGAAAUAACUUUAAUGGUAGUUUGAGUAAUGAAAUUUGGAAAUUGAAUAAGUUAUCAUAUCUUGAUCUAAGUAACUCAAGUCUAUCUGGCUCUAUACCAGAUAACUUAUACUUUUUAACCAAAUUAGAACAUCUAGAUCUUCAUGGAAAUAACUUUAAUGGUAGUUUGAGUAAUGAAAUUUGGAAAUUGAAUAAGUUAUCAUAUCUUGAUCUAAGUAACUCAAGUCUAUCUGGCUCUAUACCAGAUAAUUUAUAUUCAUUAGUCGGAUUAGAACAUCUAGAUCUUCAUGGAAAUAACUUUAAUGGUAGUUUGAGUAAUGAAAUUUGGAAAUUGAAUAAGUUAUCAUAUCUUGAUCUAAGUAACUCAAGUAUGUCUGGUAAAAUACCUGAUAGUCUGUAUUUACUGGCCGAAUUGAGAUAUCUGAGUCUGCAAAUGAACAAUUUUAGGAGUCGUUUAGGUGCUAACAUUGGAAAGCUGAGAAAAUUAUCAUACCUUAAUUUAAGCAACUCAAAUUUGUCUGGCUUGAUACCUGAUACUUUGUAUUCACUGACCGAGUUGAAAUAUCUGAACCUACGAGGAAACAAUUUUAGUGGUCGUUUAAGCACUAAAAUUGGGAAGUUGAGUAAACUAGAGAGUCUUGACCUAAGUGGAUUGCAUCUAUCUGGUUCGAUACCUGGUAGUCUAUAUUCGAUGACCGAAUUAAAAUAUUUGAACCUUGCUAACAAUAAUAUCAACGGUAGUUUGUCGUCUGAGAUUGGUAAUCUGACUAAUCUAAUCAAUCUGAGUCUGGGUUCCAAUGAAUUGAGUGGCACUAUACCAAAUGAAAUUGGUAAGUUAACUAAUCUGAAAGUUUUAGAAAUGCGAGAGAAUGAGUUUGAAGGUGAUAUUCCUGAUUUGAGUGGUCUGAUAGAGUUAGAGUAUAUGAACAUUAGCUCAACAAAACACAGUUUAAAUGCGAAAUGUGAUGAUGAGAUGUUACCUCCAUCUAUUGACAAAAAAAAAUGCUUAGUUAGACCUGUGAAUAGAUUGUGCAAUAACAUUACACGGUGUGAAUAUAGCAUUGAGCAUAUACCUAAAUCAUCAGCUGGUUCAAUAUUCUACACAUCUGGAUUGAAGAUGGUUAUUGUGAUGGUUAUGUAUAGAGCUGGAAUAGAGAUGAUAUUAAAUUCAAAUUUGGAGCUAUGA